AUGUCUGACUCACGCAAGACCCUUCUAAUUACUGGCGCUACUGGAAAGCAAGGCGGCGCUCUCAUUCAGAGCCUUCUCUCCGUCCCCGACAUGGCUGGGUUCAAUAUCAUUGCCGUAACGCGCGACAUCACGAGCUCCCGCGCGCUGAAGCUUGGCGCGAACUUCAAUGUGUCUGUUGUAGAUGGAGACAUCGGCCAGCCUGAAGCAAUCUUCCAAAAAGUCGGGCCUGUGUGGGGGGUGUACAGUAUGCAGAUCAACUCGGACGCCGAGGAGAAGCAGGGCAUGGCCAUGGUCAAUGCGGCGGUUGCUCAUGGAGUGCGGCACUUCGUCUACUCGUCAGGUGAUCGCGGCGGCCCUGAAAAGUCGCCUGUCAAUCCUACAAAAGUCAAGAAUUUCGCUGCCAAGUAUUGCGUUGAGAAGCACUUGGUGGAGAGGGCCACAGUCAGCCCCCAACAGAUGACAUACACGAUCCUACGGCCGGUAACGUUCUUCGAAAACCUCACUCCCGAUAUCCACGGGAAGGGCUUCGCGCGCAUGUGGGAACAAAUGGGAGACAAAAAGCUGCAGUUCGUGUCGACCGGGGAUAUUGGUCGGAUUGCGGCCUACAGCUUUAUGCAUCCCUCUGACUAUCGCAACACUGCCCUAACACUGGUAGGUGAUGAGCUCACCCAAACCGAGGCUGAGGCUACAUUCAAGGCUGUUGUGGGGUCCUCUAUGCCCUUGGCUCCUUGUCCUGUGGCUUCUACGGUCAAGUUCUUGUUAAAGGGCACCGUGGGCGAUAUGUUUAAUUGGUUUGAACGUGAAGGAUACGGAGGUGAUGUGGCUGCGUGCCGCCAGAUGUACCCUGGGAUGAAGGACUUCAAUGCCUGGAUUGAGGAAAACAAGGGGCAGUGGUUGCCUACCUAG